AUGGAUGUACUCGGAUCACUUGAACCGAACUGGAACUGUACGAUGAGAAAUGGAAGUUUUUAUACAGUCAACGCACCGACGGACGAUACGAGUUGUGCUUUCCUGAAAAACAAUUGCUCAUCUUACACUGCUGAUACAAACUCCUUGGAAUUCUUUUCAUUGGUAGCCGAUUUCAAAAUGAUUUGCGACGAUGCAAAUAAAGUGAAAUGGAUUCAAGUGAUUCAAGCCGGCGGAUCGCUACUAGGCUCAAUCAUCGGAGGUCACAUGGGGGAUCAUUUGGGUCGAAAGACCAUCUUCUUCACAGGACAACUGUUAAUUAUUAUCACAUCGAUGAUGUCCACUGCAUCACAGAACUGGGUCGCAUACGCAAGCAUUCAAGGAGUGAAUUGCUUCCUUUAUGGAGUUAUUGAGCUUGAGCACCAGCUAUGGAAGGGUGACGUCUCUGACAAUGAUGAUGGAGUACACAAACAACAAGUAUCGCGUAGUGAUGGCGUCCGCAUUUUCAGUGGCCAUUUUGCUUAUAUGACAAUAGCGCUGAUCGCUUUUCUCACGAAGGGAUGGCAGAAUUUCUUCGUAUUUCUCAAUCUGGUCUCAUCACCACUUGCGAUAGGUUUCAUGUUGUUUUUGGAGUCACCACGAUGGUUGAUCGCUACCAACAAGUUGGACAAGGCGUGCGAAGUUUUGAAUGACAUUGCACAUCAGCGUUGGAAUAACACCAAGGCGCAUUUCAACACUUCAGACAUCUCAUCGAUUCACAAAAACGAGAAGAAACGCUUCUAUACAUUUUACCAUCUUUUCAGCACACCUCGCCUUGCAAAGCAAUCUCUGAUCCAAAUAUUGUCGAUGUUCACCUAUGCGAUGGUUUCGAAUACAUACCUGUACACUGUCGAUGGAGUGCAUAAUUCUGUGAUCAUGUUCACGUUCUUGGAUGGAUUAUUCCGCCUUUUUACACCAUUCAUUAUUAUCUUCCUGGAUUUGCAACUGCCCGGUUUCGGACGGAAAAUUCAAUUCGUUGGAGCUUUGGUGAUCGAAGCACUUCUUUUUGGAAUCAUUAUACUGUUGAUAUCACUUGGAUACGAUUACAAUCACACUGGUACUUAUUUAAAAUUUUUAUUGUAUAUUUACGAUCGAUUUCACAUGGGUUGCAUAGGGGUGAAUUCCUAG